UGUAUAUUUUGAAAUUCGUAGCCGUUAAUCCGGAGUCCGGACCACACCCACAAUGUUCCAACAUCCUCCUCUUUUCUUCACUCACUCCCGCCACUUCCUCCGCCGCCGCCACCACCACAACCACCACCUAUCAACACCUCCUCUUCUUCAUCGUUUCCUCUCAACUAUCUCACACACUCUCUCACACCCUAUCUACACCAUAUGGGCCGCCAACACUGGUCUUGGCAAAACCCUCGUUUCCACCGGCCUCGCCGCCUCCUCCCUCCUCUCUUCCUCACCAUCACCUUCGAAAUUAGUCUACAUCAAACCUCUCCAAACAGGCUUCCCUCUCGACUCCGAUUCCGCCUUCGUUUACCGCAAAAUUCCCCAAAUUCUCCUCCGCUGUAACCCCCAAUCAACUCUCCUAGCUUCCAACCAAACCCUAAACGUCUCCAUCCAGGCCGAGAAACCAAAAAUCGGCAACAAUUUCAGUGGAGAAGGUCGGACAAGUAAGAACGGGUUUGGGGAUUUUGGUUAUUAUGAAGAGAGGAAGCAUGGGAUUGGGGAGGAGCUGGGGUCUGAGUUGAUAUGCAAGACAAUGUAUGCAUGGAAAGAGGCGAUUUCACCACAUUUGGCUGCUGAGAGAGAAGGUGCAAAUGUGGAGGAUUCUGAUGUGUUGGCAUUGUUGAAGAGAUGUUUGGAAAUUGGGGUUGGAAGUAAGGGAAAUGGUGGGAGUACUGUUUUGAGUUUGGUUGAGACUGCUGGUGGUGUUGCAAGUCCAGGAUCAUCUGGUUCUCUUCAAUGUGACUUGUAUCGGCCAUUUCGGUUACCUUCAAUUCUAGUGGGAGAUGGAAGAUUAGGGGGUAUUUCAGGAACAAUUUCAGCCUACGAGAGUCUUACAAUACGAGGUUAUGAUGUAGCUGCUAUUGUUCUGGAAGAUCAUGGCCUCAAAAAUGAAGUGCCAUUGUUGUCUUACCUGAGAAACAGGGUACCAGUUCUUGUUCUUCCAUCUAUCCCAAAAGAUCCCUCAGACAACUUGAUGGAGUGGUUUGUUGAAUCAAAAAGUGUUUUUGACUCAUUGAAUGUGAUAAUGAUGUCAUCACAUCAAAAAAGAACAGAUAGACUACAUGAAAUGCCAAAAAAGGCUCAAGAAAUCUUUUGGUGGCCUUUCACUCAACAUAAGCUUGUAUCAGAAGAAAAAGUCACAGUCAUUGAUUCUCGUUGUGGAGAAAACUUUUCAGUUCACAAGGUGAAGGAUGAUGGAUGCAUUACUCAAAUGUUUGAUGCUUGUGCAAGUUGGUGGACACAGGGCCCUAAUGCUGCUUUACAGAUUAAGCUUGCAAGGGAUAUGGGGUAUACUGCUGCAAGGUUUGGGCAUGUAAUGUUUCCUGAGAAUGUUUAUGAGCCAGUUCUUGAAUGUGCUGAACUUUUGCUUCAAGGUGUAGGAAAAGGAUGGGCUUCUCGAGCAUAUUUUUCAGAUAAUGGAUCUACAGCAAUUGAAAUUGCUCUGAAAAUGGCAUUUAGGAAAUUCUUGGUUGAUAAUGAGUUGCUUUUGGAUACUGUUGAAAACAGUAUUGAGCUUAAGGUUGUAGCACUUAAAGGAUCAUAUCAUGGAGACACAUUAGGUGCUAUGGAAGCACAAGCUCCAUCACCUUAUACUGGUUUUCUCCAGCAACCAUGGUAUACUGGAAGAGGGUUUUUUCUUGAUCCUCCAUUGGUUUCUAUGUGUGAUGGAGUUUGGAAAAUAUCCAUUCCUGGAAAUAUGAAAGCUGAUGAUGUGAUAUUGGAAGAUACAUCUUUUAAGUCACGUAUUGAAGUUUUUAAUAAAAGUAGAGAUGAUUCAAGUCUUGCUGAAGUUUAUUCAUCAUAUAUUUCACAAGAAUUAAAGUUAAAUUCAAGAUCAAAAAAAUUAUCUCAUGCAGGAGCAUUAAUCAUAGAACCAGUGAUACAAGGGGCAGGUGGCAUGCUAAUGGUGGAUCCACUGUUUCAGCGCUUACUUGUUAAAGAAUGUCAAAAUCGUAAAAUUCCAGUGAUUUUUGAUGAAGUUUUUACUGGUUUUUGGCGCUUAGGGGUGGAGUCUGCAGCAGAGUUACUUUUCUGUCAGCCAGAUAUAGCCUGUUACGCAAAGUUAAUGACAGGUGGCAUUAUCCCAUUGGCUGUUACAUUGGCUACAAAUGAUGUUUUUGAAUCAUUUGUUGGAGACUCAAAGCUAAAGGCUCUUCUACAUGGACACUCAUAUUCAGCACAUGCUUUAGGGUGUGCAGCAGCUUGUAAUUCCAUUAAAUGGUUCAAGGAUUCACAAACAAACCCUAAUUUGAUUCCUGAACAAAAUCUAUUAACAGAGUUAUGGGAUACAGAGCUAGUUCAAAAGAUCUCAUUUCAUCCAAUAGUAGAAAGAGUGGUUUCAUUAGGAACUCUGUUUGCUGUAGAGCUUCAAGUAGAAGACUCUGAGGCUGGGUAUGCUUCAGUAUGUACAACGUCUCUUUUACUAAAACUUAGGGAAGAUGGUAUUUACAUGCGGCCUUUGGGAAAUGUGAUAUACAUGAUGUGUGGGCCAUGUACUUCUCCUCAUGUUUGUUUGCAAAUGUUGGAGACACUUUACACAAGACUUAAUGGGUUCAGACAUGAGAAAAUUGAAAAUGACUCUGAAAUAUGAGAACUGAAUAUUUGCAAACAAUAUGUAUUUUAUUUGUAUUUUUGAGAAUUGGUUAU